UAUGGCGGAAGUUAGCAACGUUCAAUGGGGCUAGGCUAGUAGGGGCAAACAGAACAGGAAAUGCGCUGAAUACCGUUAAAACGACGACACCAAGAAUAUUUUUUUAAGACAUACAUUUUGUGUAUUAUUGAGAUGUAUUGACGUACAAUGAAUCUGGAUGAAACUCGAUUGAGAAAUAAGCACGUUAUGGUUUAUUUUUAAUAAACAACACAUCGCGUUACAUUGCCUUAAAUGGGAAAAAAUGCCCCCACCAAGAUGGCCCCGCGAAGGCACGUCCCUUAGCAUGGCCGCUGUAUCGCACUAAUUCUGUUUCAAGGCAACUAGAAACAGCUUGAAAUCAACUUGAGUAUUUGAGGUCGUUCUUGCAGCAAAACAUCAACAAUGUUGAAGAGGUUGGUGACGGAGCGACUAACCGCGGCAGCUGAUGAAAUAUUCGCGCUGUUUGAAAGAACGAUAGCGUCGUACGAGGAGGAACUUUCCAGAACAAAAGAGGAGAACGAGCAACAAAGACAACAACUGGAAGCUGUUUGGCAGACUCCCAUUGUCUUACAUACUGAAGACGUCCUGCACGAAGAACGUCCAGCUUUACCGCAGGGAGGGAGCUCCACUUUAAAGCAGAAGGACCCAAAGCCCCCCCAUAUUAAAAAGGAAGAGGAUGAACUGUGGAUCACUCAGGAAGGCGAAUAUUAUGCCAAGUUGGAGGAAGAUGGUCUUCCCUUAUUGCCACUGACUGUGGUCUCUGUGAAGACGGAAGACCAUGAAGACAAACCGGCAGACAACCUCUUAGCUCCACUAUCAGAUUGUGACGACACAUGGUCACACUUUCCUGAGGAUGCAGACAGGGACAACACCCAAGGAGCUUUGAGCAGUGAUGCAGGCUGUGAAGGUGUCCAAAACCUGAUAAGUUGUCAAGAAGAACCGCAGAGAGGUAGCAUCACUUUGGAGAAUAAGGAUCCACAGACCCCGCACAUUAAAAAGGAGGAGGAGGAGGAACUCUGGAUCAGUCAGAAGGGAGAGUGUGUUGCCAGGCAGGAGGAGGCUGAUGUCAGCAAGUUGCCACAGACUGUUGUCUCUGUGAAGAUUAAAGAUAACAAAGAUGAACCCCAAGAAGACUUCUUAGCUCCACUAUCAAUCAGCAAUGACACGUCACACUCUCCUGAGGCUGAAGACAGAGACGACACCCAUGAUGACCCUUUAGACAGCGAUACAGGCUGUGAAGGUGAUAUGAGGACUCAAACUCACAACAAACCCUCGAAAGUCUCAGAAAAGAAGAUAGGUAAAAAAUGUUUGACCUGCCCGGUUUGUGCAAAAAGCUUUUCUGACAAGAGAUAUUUUCCUCUACACAUGAGAACGCAUACUGGAGAAAAACCCUUCAGUUGUUCAAUUUGCGAUAAAAGAUUCUGUCAAAAUUCACAUUUGUUAUCACACAUAAGAACGCACACUGGGGAAAAACCUUUUAGUUGCGCAGUUUGUAGCGAGAGGUUUUCUAAAAGGUCGAAUAUUGUAAAUCACAUGAGAACGCACACAGGAGAAAAACCUUAUGGUUGUUCGGUUUGCGAUGCCAAAUUUGCUAAGAGGUACACUUUGAAGAGGCACAUGACGACGCACACGCGAGAAAAACCCUUUAGUUGUUCAGUUUGUGGCGAAGGUUUUGCUGUAGAAAUGUCUCUGAUUAGACACCAAAGAACACACGCAGUAGAAAAACCUUUUAGUUGUCCAGUUUGUGAUAAAAAGUUUUCUCAUAAGUCAAAUAUGAACGCACACAUGAGAAUCCAUACAGGAGAAAAAGCCUUUAAUUGCUCAGUUUGUGGUAAAAACUACUCUUAUAGGGCAAGCUUGUCGAUACACAUGCGGAAACACAAAAAGGAAUAAAGCUUUUCUGGUACAGUAUUAAGAGCAGAGCCGACAACUUUUUGGGAUUAUGUUGGAGACUUCCGGAACUUGCUUUUGGAUUUCCAACAUCCUGACUCAAGGUAAAAAUCAGGUUCGUGUGGAUAAAAAAAUACCCAGGUUUUUCAACCAAAUUAUGAAAAGAAGAAAUCAAUAUUGUGUGAGUGUGUUAAGCUCACGAUCAAAGCUCACAAAUAAAAAUUGCAUUGGCUAACUCAGUACGCCACCCAUGGGUGCAUUGAGCUAUUAUUUAAAUACAUUAUCAAUGGCUAGAUAGCUUAGUACCGUCACCGGGUGUACCAACAACAGGCUGAGCAAUUAUUCAGCCCCUCCAGGUUUUUGCGGUCUUUUCUCUGAUUGUUGGAGCCUAAAAUGCCUCAAUUCGAGGAAGUUGUGGCAAACGUUAUGGUGAAUGGAUUAUACUUGAAGGCGCUUUUGACACUAUUUCCACAUUCACACCAACGUUCACUCACUGAUGGAGGAAGAUGCCAUGCAAGGGCCUAACCACGACCCAGGCGGAGCAAGGCUGAAGUGUUAUGCUCAAGGACAAACCGGACGUGACUAAGAUAGCGGGAGCUGGGAUCAAACCUGGAACCCUGAAGUUGCUGGCAUGGUCGCUCUAACACCUGAGCCACACUGUCCCUAAAUGUUGCACUGUUUUUUCUUUUUUUAGUUACAUUGAAUCAAUGUGUGAUUUAAUUAAUCUGUUGUCAAUGUUUUACAUGGUCCUUGUACCUCAACCUCUAAAAGCAUAAGAAUUUAACAAAAAUUAAUUACUGUUUUGACUGAUUACUUGUUUAUACCAUACAUACACUGGAUGGCACUAACAGCACGCACUCUGAGCUCAAUGUCAAAUUACUGGACUGUUUCCACCCCCAUGCUUCACAGUAGGUAUGGUGGUUUUGGGAUGCAACUCAGUAUUCUUCUUCCUCCAAACACGACGAGUUGAGUUUAUACCAAAAAGUUCUAUUUUGGUUCCAUUUGAGACACUAGUGAUUUAGGGCUAUAUGAGUAAACAUUGAUUGAUUGAUUGAUCUGACCACAGGACAUUCUCCCAAUCCUCUGCUGUAUCAUCCAUGUAUCCAUUUUGGUAUUAACAUCCCAAGAACACCACACCUACUGUGAAGCAUGGGGGUGGAAACAUCAUGCUUUGGGGCUGUUUUUCUGCUAAGGGGACAGGACGAUUGAUCCGUGUUAAGGAAAGAAUGAAUGGAGCCAUGUAUCGUGAGAUUUUGAGUCAAAACCUCCUUCCAUCAGUGAGAGCUUUGAAUGGUAGACCAAAUACUUAUUUUCCACCAUAAUUUACAAAUAAAUUAUUUGAAAUUCCUACAA